AUGGUUGGGUUCCAGAGCGAGAAUAUGCCCGGGAACAACAAGUAUAAUGAAUAUAAUAACUCUGGUGCUUCCUCUGUUGAACGAUUCGUCGAAGGUGCUGCAGCAGCAGCAAAGGCUCUUAGUAAUGGAUAUAAAAGGGAAGAUGGAAAGCCUUUUAGACAACGGCUUUUGGUUGUGGCGAAUAGACUGCCAGUUUCUGCUGUUAGGAAAGGUGAGGAUUCUUGGUCAUUAGAGAUCAGUGCUGGCGGCUUGGUGAGUGCUCUUUUAGGUGUGAAGGAGUUUGAAGCGAGGUGGAUAGGUUGGGCCGGGGUCAAUGUGCCAGACGAGGUUGGACAGAAGACACUCACUGAAGCAUUGGCUGAAAAGAGGUGUAUCCCUGUAUUUCUUACUGAAGAGAUUGUUCAUCAGUACUAUAAUGGCUAUUGCAAUAACAUUUUGUGGCCCCUCUUUCAUUAUCUUGGACUUCCGCAAGAAGACCGUCUAGCAACAACUCGUGGUUUUCAAUCUCAGUUUGAAUCGUACCAAGUAGCAAACCAAAUGUUUGCUGAUGUUGUAAAUGAGGUCUAUGAAGAGGGAGAUAUUGUUUGGUGCCAUGAUUACCAUCUUAUGUUUCUACCACAAUGCUUAAAGAAAUUUAACAACAAAAUGAAAGUUGGCUGGUUUCUCCAUACCCCCUUUCCAUCUUCUGAAAUUCAUAGGACUCUGCCAUCUCGCACAGAGCUCCUCCGUGCAGUUCUUGCUGCUGACUUGGUUGGUUUUCACACCUAUGAUUAUGCACGACACUUUGUUAGUGCAUGUACUCGCAUUCUCGGACUUGAGGCCACACCAGAAGGGGUUGAGGAUCAAGGGAAAAUGACUCGAGUUGCUGCAUUUCCAAUUGGUAUAGACUCAGAACGAUUUAUACGGGCACUUGGCUCUUCUGAAGUUCAAGGUCCCAUCAAAGACUUACAAGAAAGAUUUAAAGGCAGAAAGGUAAUGUUAGGUGUUGAUCGCCUUGAUAUGAUUAAAGGAAUUCCUCAAAAACUUCUAGCUUUUGAAAAGUUCUUGGAAGAGAAUGUUGAUUGGCGAGAUAAAGUUGUUCUGCUUCAAAUUGCUGUGCCAACAAGAACAGAUGUUCCCGAGUAUCAAAAGCUUACAAGCCAGGUUCAUGAAAUUGUUGGACGCAUCAAUGGCAGAUUUGGAUCACUGACUGCUGUUCCUAUACAUCACCUGGAUCGCACUCUUGACUUUUAUGGACUAUGUGCUUUGUACGCAGUUACAGAUGUAGCACUUGUCACGUCUUUGAGGGAUGGAAUGAAUCUUGUCAGUUAUGAGUUUGUGGCCUGCCAAGAAAAAAAGAAGGGGGUUCUCAUUCUUAGUGAAUUCGCUGGUGCUGCUCAAUCUCUUGGUGCUGGGGCACUUCUGGUCAACCCCUGGAACAUCACAAAAGUUGCUGAAGCAAUUUCCAAAGCUCUGAACAUGCCAUCUGCAGAGAGAGAGAAGCGACACAGGCAUAACUUUCAUCAUGUAACAACACACACUGCACAGGAGUGGGCAGAAACUUUUGUAAGUGAGCUUAAUGAUACUGUUGUUGAAGCACAACUGAGGACAAAGCAAGUUCCACCACGGCUCCCAGCUGACAAGGCAAUUGAACAAUAUCUGACGUCAACCAAUCGGCUACUUAUUUUGGGAUUCAAUGGAACAUUAACUGAACCAGUUGAGAGAAAAGGUGAUCAGUUGAAAGAAAUGGAACUCUCAGUGCAUCCAGAACUGAAACUACCAUUGACGAAACUUUGCAGUGACCCAAAUACUACAGUUGUCGUGCUUAGUGGAAGUGAUAGACAAAUUCUAGAUGAAAACUUUAAAGAAUACGACACUUGGCUAGCAGCGGAGAAUGGAAUGUUUUUGAACUCUUCAAAUGGAGAAUGGAUGACCACAAUGCCAGAGCAACUGAAUAUGGAAUGGGUUGACAGCGUGAAGCAUAUUUUUGAGUACUUCACUGAAAGAACACCUCGCUCACAUUUUGAAGAAAGGGAAGCUUCACUUGUAUGGAACUACAGACAUGCAGAUGUUGAGUUUGGAAAACUUCAAGCAAGGGACAUGCUACAACAUCUUUGCACAGGUCCAAUUUCAAAUGCAUCAGUUGAAGUCGUUCAAGGGAGCCGAUCAGUUGAGGUCCGAGCUGCUGGUGUUACAAAGGGAGCAGCUAUUGACCGCAUCCUGGGGGAGAUAGUUCACUGUAAAUCCAUGACAACACCUAUUGAUUAUGUUCUCUGUAUAGGACAUUUUCUGGCGAAGCAGGAUGAAGAUAUAUACGACUUUUUUGAGCCAGAGCCUUCCUGUUUUGGUGCGAGUCUUCAAAGAAGCAAGUUAACAGAAGCAGCUAAGUUUGCUAAUGAGAAGGUAUCACCUAUGAAGAUCCCAUCGGGUAAAAAUGGAUUCAAGUCAACAAAUCAAAACAAGGGACAACGACCUGUCUCAAAUUCACCGAAGAAGACAUCUAAUAUUUUCAGCCGAACAGUGCGGAAGCCAGCUCCCGAAAAGAUCACUUGGAAUGUCCUUGACCUCAAGAAGGAGAAUUACUUCUCAUGCGCUGUUGGUAGAACUCAAACAAAUGCUCGCUUUACACUUCCGUCACCUGAUGAAGUUGCUGAGUUUCUGAAGGAACUUGCUAAUGCAUCUUCUCAUAAUAACUGA